GGCUUUGUGACGUCAGGCCGCGCGGCCCGGCCGGGAAUCUAGGUGGUAGCUCGCGGAGGCGCCUCAGGAGAGUGACGCGCAGACUCAGCUCCCCCGCGGCCCGCCCUCCUGCCGGCCUCGCCGCGGUCUCCCUCGCUCCGUGAGAUCGCUGAGCGCUGAGCAGCGGCCCGGGGGAGGAGGCCCUGGGCGACGGGGCGCGGAGAGGGAGGGCGGGCGGGCAGUGGGAGCGCCGCGGAUCUCUAUAUGGCGACGGCUCUGUCGGGUCUGGCUGUCCGGCUGUCGCGCUCGGCCGCCGCCCGCUCCUAUGGGGUCUUCUGCAAGGGGCUGACCCGCACGCUGCUCAUCUUCUUUGACUUGGCUUGGCGGCUGCGCAUCAACUUUCCCUACCUCUACAUCGUGGCUUCCAUGAUGCUCAACGUGCGCCUGCAGGUGUGAAUGCCCACACAUAUGUCUGUGCCCCAUAUUGCAUGUCUGGUAUCCUCAAAGGCCCCAAGAGCAUCAGCUUCCGUAGAACUGGAGUUACAGGUGCUUGUAAUGAGCCAUGUGGUGCUGAGUUCCAACACCAGUCCUCUGCCAGCGCGGCCAGUGCUCUUACCUGGUGAAUCCUCUCUGUACCCCUGACUUUUUUUUUUUU